AUGGCGAAUGAGGAUCUGGUUUCAUGGAAUGCAAUACUAUCAGGUUACUCUCAAGAGGGAAAUCAUGGGCUUGAGGCGAUUUUUGUCUUUAUUGAGAUGGUGGGAGAAGGGAUGGGGAAGUUGGUGGAGGAAGGCGAAAUGAUUCAUGGGUUUUGCAUAAAGACUGGCUUUUUAUCAAAGCAUAAUGUUUGCAACAGCUUGAUCACCAUGUAUACUAAGUUUGAUUCCAUUCAUGACUCCAUCAAAAACGGGUUGUGUCAAGAUGCACUAAAAACAUUCUUGGUAGCAACUAUGGAGUCGAAGCCAAACAAUUACACAUUUGGUAGUGUCUUGAGUGCAAUUGGUACCGUAUUGGUACAUGACAUAUAUCCACCAGAAGGCUCUAGAGAGAGGGCAGACGAAUUGACAAAUAAUGCAGCAGAGUAUGCUCGGUUAUGGAUAGGGCGGGGUAAAAGAGCAGCAGGUCAAGGCAAAAUGCUCAGGAAUGACAUCAAUUGA